CAGAGCGCGGGCUUUGUGUGAAUGAAGAUUGAGUUUCACACAGACUAAAAGUUCCUCCUGUGUGCAACAUCUUGUAUUUGAAGGGGAAAAUUUGCAGACAGAAAUCUCAAACCAAACAUCACUUUCAGACCUGACAGAGUCAUUUGAUUCAUGGUUCCUGAAUAUCACUGGUCUUUGAAUCUAGAAGGAGAAAUGUUUGUCUGUUUUAUCUGUUUGAAGAGAUUUUAAACAUCUGCGUGACCAUAACAGUAUCGAGACACACACACCCGAGUGAGAGCAUUCCAGUUCAUUGACUGGAAAGAGCUUCAACCAGUUACACAGACUGAAAAAACAUCACACCGUUCACAACCGGGAGAGACCGUAGAUGUGUUCUGUGCGUGGAUGAGUCUUCAACUGAUUAUUGAACCUGCAAUGAUAGAUGGCCAACCGCACCAUGGAGAAACCUUGGAAAUGUGGGGACUGUAGGAUGGGAUUCAAAUCCCCAUCUGAGCUGGAGAUUCAUCGACGUAGUCACAGCGGGGAGAAGCCGUUCAACUGCUCCGUGUGUGGUAAAGGAUUCACUCAUUCAUCCUCGCUGUUGACACACCAGCGAGUUCACAGUGGGGAGAGGCCGUUCACCUGCUCUCUGUGUGGAAAGGGAUUCAGUAGUUCAUCCCACAUGAUGACACACCAGCGAGUUCACACAGGGGAGAGGCCGUUUACCUGCUUCAAGUGUGGGAAGGGAUUCAGUGAUUCAUCCAACCUGCUGAUGCACCAGCGAAUUCACAGCAGAGAAAGGCGGUUCACCUGCCCUGAUUGUGGGAAGGGUUUCACUCAGUUAUCCCACCUGCAGUCACAUCAGCGAGUUCAUUCUGGAGAGAAGCCAUUCACCUGUUCUCAGUGUGGGAAAGGAUUCAGUAAUUCAUCCAAUCUGCUGAGACACCAGCGAGUUCACACUGGGGAGAGGCCGUUCAUCUGCUCCGAGUGCGGGAAAGGAUUCAGCAAUUCAACCCAGCUGCAGACACACCAGCGAGUUCACACCGGGGAGAGGCCGUUCACCUGCUCCGAGUGUGGGAAGGGAUUCAGUAAUUCAUCUGACCUGCAGAAACACAAGCGAGUUCACAGUGGGGAGAGGCCAUUCAUCUGCUCUGUGUGUGGGAAGAGAUUCAUUGUUUCAUCUGCCUUGCUGGCCCACCAGCGAAUUCACACCGGGGAGAGGCCUUUUACCUGCUUCAAGUGUGGGAAGGGAUUCAGUAAUUCAUCCACCCUGCUGACACACCAGCGAGUUCACACUGGGGAGAGACGGUUCAUCUGUUCUGAUUGUGGGAAGGGAUUCACUGAUUCAUCCACCCUGGUGAGGCACCAGCGAGUUCACAACUGGAAGAGACCGGCACCUGCUCUGAGUGAGGGAAGGGAUUCACUCAGUCAUCCCACCAGCGAGUUCACAAGUGAUUUACAGGGGUUGGAUUCUGCUGUUAUUGCUGCUGCUAAUCACAUCUAUGACUGAACCAUGUUCAUUCUGACAGUUGGUGAAGUGGGAGGGUCAGAGGAUUUCUUUCUGUUGGACUGGCCGGUCUCACGACUUUGUUUCCAAGCUGCUGAUGUAUUUUGAGCUUUGUUAACAGAAUGUAGUUUCAAAUUUUGUAUGGAUCACUGAAGCAAAGGGUGUUUUUAAGGUAAAAGGUAGUUACCUUUCAUUUCUGUUUGGAACGUUCCAAAGAAUGCCACGUUGCCAUGGAGAUGGACUGUGGGGUUUAGAAGGAUCUUAUGAACAUAU